CCGAAGAAGAAGACACGACGGAAGUAGCAUAGAAAACAUGGCGGCGUCCUCUGUUGACAACUAGGCAACGUGAUUACAGUCCCAGACGCUGAGACUUUGGACACAUUGCCAAAACUGGUGUUGUAGUAUGUAGCAAGACAAGUUUCUAAACAUGUUGGCCUAUUUCCAGCGCACCUGUAUAACGCUGCAGCCAGUGUGUAGAUUGAUGUCAUCAUCGGCACCCCCUUGGAGGCUCCUGUUCUUUGGCUCUGAUCAGUUCGCUGUGGAAUCUCUGAAACUCCUCACAUCCAGCAGGAGUUCCAGUGAAAGGAUAGUGGAGUCUCUCGAAGUUGUUACCUUGUCUGGUGACGUCCCAGUGAAGAGGUUUGCUCAACACAACCACCUUCCAGUCCACAGCUGGCCCCCUGACAUUGUGGAAAGACAGUUUGAUGUUGGGGUGGUGGUGUCUUUUGGCUGUUUACUCCAUGAGAGACUGAUCAACAAGUUUCCAUUCGGAAUUUUGAAUGUUCAUCCCAGCCUGCUGCCUAGGUGGCGAGGACCAGCACCCAUCUUCCACACAAUCAUGCAUGGUGACACUGUGACAGGGGUCACCAUCAUCCAGAUUUGCCCUCAUAGGUUUGAUGUGGGGCCCAUUCUCCACCAAGAGCUUCAUCAGGUCCCUGAGAACUGCACUGCUGAGGGGCUUGGAGCUGUUCUAGCCACAAAAGGAGCACAUCUCCUGAUUGAUACACUUAUGACAUUGCCUGAGAGACUGGCCCAUAAAAGGGAGCAAAAACAGACAGGCGCAACCUUUGCCCCGAAAAUCAAUGCAUCCAUGAGCUGGAUAGUCUGGGAGGAACAGACUUGUGACCAAAUUGAUCGUCUGUAUCGUGCCAUCGGAUCAAGGAUACCUUUGAAGACCACAUGGAUGGGCAGGACAAUAAAACUUCUGGAUUUUGUAGGAAAAUGUCAUAUUUCAUUACUGGAUCAAAGAAGAAAACUGGUCCCUGGCUCAUUGAGCUAUCAGAAGGAGUCCAACACUCUGGCUGUCUGCUGCAAGGAUGGCUGGGUGGGAUUCAAAGCAGUGCUCCUGAAAAAAAGGCUGACAGCGGCCGACUUCUUUAAUGGCUACCUGCAUCAGACAGUGCAGAAGAAGACACCCUAUCAGACAGACAAAGCUCUGUUUGUCAGCAGAAAACGAGCAACUGAGGAGCAUCAGAAGUCAAUGUCAAAGUUGUAAUGCAGCAACAAUUGUUUUUUUCCUUAAUGUUGACACUGCAGACGUGAUUUUACCCGAAUUUGUUGAGGUGAAUGUCUGUUUUAAGACAUCUGCAUGUACAGUAUAUUUACUGUAUUUUCACUGUGCUGCUAUGACUAUACUAAUCAUUUAUUUGCAAUAAAUACAAAUUUAUGAAACUU